GUGCUCUGAGCCACCCCCGGGGCCUCGCCGGGAGCGGCCGCAGACGGCCCGCGGGCCCCGGGCUGAGCUAGGGCCGGGGGCCCGGCAGCGAGGCGCAGAGCGGCCGCGGGGCCCCGGGGCGAUAGGCCAUGGCCACCCGGCGUCUAACGGACGCGUUCUUGUUGUUGCGGAACAACGCGGUGCAGAGCCGGCAGCUGCUGGCCGAGCAAGUGAGUAGUUACGGCUCCUCCAGCCCUCUGAGUUCACGUAGCAUGGCUGCUGCGGAGCUGGAUGAGCUUGCUGAUGAUCGCAUGGCACUGGUAUCAGGAAUAAGUUUAGAUCCCGAAGCAGCAAUCGGAGUAACAAAACGUUUACCUCCCAAAUGGGUUGACGGAGCAGAUGAAAUUCAGUAUGAUAUCGCCAGGGUUAAACAGAAGAUGAAAGAAUUAGCCAGUCUUCAUGAUAAACAUCUAAACAGACCAACACUGGAUGACAGCAGUGAAGAAGAACGGGCAAUAGAAAUAACAACCCAAGAGAUCACACAGUUAUUUCACAGAUGUCAGAGAGCAGUCCAGGUCUUGCAGAGCAGGUCGCGUAGUUGUACAGAACAAGAAGCACGUGUUCUCAGGAAUGUAGUGUCUUCCUUAGCACAGUCCCUUCAGGACCUAUCCACCAACUUCAGGCAUGCACAGUCUGACUAUCUCAAACGCAUGAAGAGUAGAGAAGAAAGAUCCAAACACUUCUUCGACACCUCAGUCCCACUGAUGGAUGAUGGGGAGGAUGAUACACUUUAUGAUAGAGGUUUUACAGAUGACCAGCUAGCACUGGUGGAGCAAAACACAUUAAUGGUGGAAGAGCGGGAACGAGAAAUCCGUCAGAUUGUACAGUCAAUCUCCGAUCUCAAUGAAAUAUUUAGGGACUUGGGAGCAAUGAUAGUAGAACAGGGAACAGUUCUAGAUAGAAUUGACUACAAUGUUGAACAGUCAUGUAUGAAAACUGAAGAGGGUCUAAAACAACUACAUAAGGCAGAGCAAUAUCAAAAGAAGAAUCGGAAGAUGCUUGUUAUUUUAAUUUUGUUUGUUCUAGUAAUUGUCCUUAUUGUUGUUCUUAUUGGUGUCAAGUCACACUAGGUAUCAUUUCAUUUUCUCAUUUUUGGAGUUUCUGUGAACUUUCUUCCCCAAUGUGAAUGGAUGGGCCUGCACUCCAGAAAGCUGCCUUUGAAUGUAUAAGCCCUUGUGGUGCAAAGUCUGUGCAAUGUUUCUGUAGAAUUCUUUAAAGUACAAGUUUGGUGGUCUGUGAGGUGUUUGUGAGGUUUAUAUGGAAAAAGUCAGGAAAUUUGGUGCUCCCACACAAAGAAUUUGGUGCUUUAUGCAGAGCUAUUUGGAAAUCCAGUACUUAAAAAUAAUUACAAAAUUGAAGCUUACCAGUGAGUACAGUAAUUAGUGUGUUACUGUGAACAAAAACGUGUUGUCUGCUGUAUUCUUAUGUCACAAUUGUUACAGGCUUCAAAUAUAAACCAUGUUACUGAGCCAGAGGACUAGAUAACAAAAAUGGAUCUAGAUGAAAAAUAUGCUAAGGCACAAAAAUGUUUGACUUUAAUCUCCUUUCUUCCAGACUCAAAAACUCCAGAGAACUGCAUAGACAGCUAAAACAGAAAGCUUUUAGCUACCAGAGUGUAAUCCAGCCCCUGUGAUCUUAAUUUAGAUACUAUACCAUUACUGAGAAUCAGAGCAGUACUUGAUCUUUUAAAUAACGAGAUCUAAUCAGUGGCAUAAUUUAACACAUUUAGUUAAUUAAAACAUUUUCUGAGCUUGAGUAAUCAUGGAAGGUUCUUCCUCACCAGAAUGAUCAGAUAUUUUUUUUUCAUGUACCUUUUUUUACUUUAAAGUACAGACAUUACAUUAAAGCAGUGUUGAAGUUAAACCUAAAAAUGGAGUAGAAAGCUGAAAAGAGAAUCCCAACCUGACCCACCAUAAUGGGUAUCAGAUUUUAGUUGUUGUAUAAGCUGUUUAUUUUACAGUGCAUCUGUCCUGUUUGUUACGGGUUUUAUAUAAGAACUGACUUUGCUACAUAUUAUAUUGCAUCCAUUUUUCCUGACAGAAGAUUUUCUUUCACAUGUCUGCCUGAAAGAGGACAUGUUUAUGGUCUUUUACUGACUGUGAGAGGUGUCAUGCAAGUGACACGUUACUAGGCCUUCAGUAGAGAAUUUGGGGGUUUUUUCACUAUUUUUUUUCAGUGGAAAACUUUACUGUAGGCCAUAAAAUUGAAAUUAGGGCCACAUCAAAGUAAUAUAACACUCCUGAUUUAAUUCAGGCCUGAAGUGGUGUGCAAUUGUAGAGGCCUUAUCAUUUUUAAUAUAGCUUUUCUGUAGGGAUUUUUUUUCUUCCCCAAAGGGGCUGUAACUUCCUUCAUUUUCUGAUUGAUAGAGUGCUCCCCAUAAACUUGCAGAGAUGCUCUGCUCAAAGCCCCUCAAAUGCAGUUUUAUAAUACUAUAAUAUAAAUGUAUAUGUUGCUUGCCCUGAGUUUAUUUUAUUAAGGAGGACUUAAGAUGAGGCUUUAAACUGACGGUGUAGGAAUGAACCUGAAAGGAAGACUACAAAGAUGUGAAAGCCUUGGCUUUUCGUGAAAAGCUUUGUACCACUCUUGUUACCUCUAGACAAAGGGGAUGUUGGACUUCCUAAACUGCCAGUUGAAACCACUGAUUAAAUUAAGAAGUUGGUAAAAGACAGAAGGAUGCUUGUAGUUGGGUGUGCAGCUCCCCUGUUCUGGUAAUGGAUCUUUUCAAUGAUCAUGAGUAAAACUACUGUUUCCCUUGUGUGCUGUAUACAUCGGUUGGUGUGAAGCAGCAUAUUGCUAUAAUUUAAUAUACUGUAUUUGCAACUUUCUCCUUAACGUGUUAUUUAUUUCUGUCUUGACUGGUGCUUUUGACAUUUUAUCAUGGCUAAUGAAUUCAGAGAAGUAAUAAAACACUUCCAGCCCAA